AUGGAAGAAGGGGAGGGAGGAGCAAGGAAUGGAAGAAGGGAGGGGAGGGAGGAGCAAGGAAUGAAAGAAGGGGAGGGAGGAGCAAGGAAUGGAAGGGAGGGAGGAGCAAGGAAUGGAACAAGGGGAGGGAGGAGCAAGGAAUGGAAGGGAGGGAGGAGCAAGGAAUGGAAGGAGAGGAGGGAGGAGCAAGGAAUGGAAGAAGGGGAGGGAGGAGCAAGGAAUGGAAGGGAGCGAGGAGCAAGGAAUGGAACAAGGGGAGGGAGGAGCAAGGAAUGGAAGGAGAGGGAGGAGCAAGGAAUGGAAGAAGUGGCGAGUGAGUGA